AUGAGUUCGAUAUCGCCUCUGUGUAGUCUUCCAGCCGAGCUACUUCUCAUGGUUAUGGAGUGCUUGGAGUGUCCUUCCAGCAUAAGAGCGUUCGCCUUCUCAUAUCCCAAAGCCUUGCAUCUACUCCGGGUACACCGUCAACGUGUUGUGGGAACAGCCGUACGGGCCUUUGACCGAAAGCUUCCAAUUGAAAAGACAUUCGGAUAUGACGUUCGCGCUUGUCGCUUACGCUUAGCUUUGCGAAAUGUGGCGUUCUUAGAUCCUGCAGAAGCGGAACAAGAAGUAUGCAAGGCAGACUUCUAUGGCGAGUGGUGCAACUUGAAGCUGCUCUGCGAGAUGACCAGCCUCAACAAUGAAAUCGACCGAUUCAUCUCAAGGUACUCAGUUCACGCUUGGAGCAAGAUCCAAGACGACUAUGCUAGGGUAUUCUCACAUCGAAGGGCCGGUGUAUCGAGGUUUGAGCCUUACCGAACGGUUGACCUUACUGACAGCGAACUGAGGCGGUUACGAGAAGCAUUCCUUGGCUUCGAAUGCAAGCGACAUCAUCUUGUCUACGACAAAACCCUAUUGCAUGAGACAAAGCUACAUCAAGCUACGCUUUUGCCAAUCUAUAGCGAGGAUUCCUUCUCAGAAGGGUACUCUAUUCACAACAGCUUCAAUGGCGCCUGCCUGUCCAUUUUCUGCUUUAUAUUCCAAUGCUAUGAAAAUCUCAUACGACGCGUUGAUCGACAACUCGAGCUUGAGGAAUCACGUCAAGAUUCGGAACCUCGACGCUCUGAACUCGUACGUAUUGCUAGGUUCCGUGCGAAGACUCGAGAUGAGGAGCUACGUUAUAUUGCUCUGCUCUGUCUGCAGGGUUAUGUUUGCCUCACCGUUGCAGAACACUAUACCAAUGGCGAACUCCGCCAGUUCGUUCUCGGGAGCUUCAUGUGGUUUUGCAAAGAUGGCACGAAUAAUAUUCCAGACCCUUGUGGUAGGUUAGUGUCUAAUCUUGAGCACUUCAGCCCAGAGUAUUAUUCGAAUGGUGAUACAGCCUAUGAGCCCUGGAGCCGAGGACGAUUCUUCUGGGAUCAAGCGCGUAUGUUAGAACUCCGGCAGCGCGUAACAAUCGACUAG